UUUUCUUCUAGGAGUUCACUUUGCUCUUUCAAAGUUUUUAGGUACUCAUUUUUGGAACAAACAACAAGAAAAUGACAUGUUCAAGAGAAGCUCUUGCUAGGUUGUUCCACAAUGUCUCAAGCUCCUCCUUCCUUCUCCUUCUCUUCCUCUACUUCUCCUCCACUUUGCUCCUUAAGCUCAUCAACUUCAUUGGCAGCUAUCCUAUAAUCCAAAGAAACCAAAAUGUAUAUGAAUUUAAUUUCUCUGAUGAAGAGGAGGAGGAAGAAAAUGAAACGUAUAGCUACUAUGCUCAGUCUAUGGAAAAAGAUAACCUUGUGGCCGACAUAAUCCAUGGCUGUGAAUAUGAAUCAGUAAUUCAGGUUAUGCCUAACAACAGCACUCAUACAAAUCAUAAUCAUGUUGAAGAUUUCGUAAGCACACCGGAGGCCGUUCUUGAAGAGCAAGAUGAUAGUUUUGCUAGUGAUGAAAUGCUUUCUGUCCUUGCCUCAGCAGGUUCAGAAUCAGAACAUGGUGACGCAGAUAUGGUUGAAGAAGAGAUGCAAACAAGUGAUGCUGAUUCGGUUCAUGAUUCUGUCCCAAAUCAACAGGGCCCCACAGCUCCGAUCACCAAAGACCUACACAAAAGUGAUUUCAUGGACGGUGACGAAAACAGUGGCGAAGACUGCACUAAUCAAGAAAUUGAAAAUAAGAAGCUGAAGGAUACAAAUUUAUCUGUUGAUGAAAAGUUCCUGAUUUAUGCGCCAAACCGAUUGGAACUGGGGAAACUUCAAGUUCAAGAAAAGGAUGAGGAAGAAAUAUUUGGUGACUCGUGCACAGUAGGCUCAACUUCUAAGAGCUCCUCUGAAUGGAGGAGCUUAAUCAAGGACUCAGGAACCGAAGAUCCAUUUUCUUCUUCGUCGCGAAGAAGUUGCCCCAGGUGGGAAUCCUACACAGUGUUCCAAAAAUAUGAUGAGGAGAUGAUGUACCUAGACAGAAUUAGUGCUCAAAAGCUUCAUGAAACAGAGUCUCUAAAGUCCAUCCAUGUGAAUCCAAGAUCAAUUUCAGAUAGGAUUGUUCACAAGUUUUCUACCAUAAACAAGAAGCCUUCCGACAACUGCCAGAACCCGUAUCAUGAAUUGGAAGGUGCCUAUGUAGCUCAAAUUUGCUUAACAUGGGAAGCACUUAAUUGGAACUACAAGAACUUUGGACUAAAAAGAGCUUCGCAGUGCGACUUUGAUCCUGGUUGUCCAGCACAUAUUGCACAAAAGUUUCAGCAAUUCCAAGUCCUUUUGCAGAGAUAUGUCGAAAAUGAGCCUUAUGAGCAAGGCAGGAGACCUGAGGUUUAUGCCAGAAUGAGGCUUUUAGCACCAAAGUUACUCCUGGUGCCAGAAUAUCGAGAUUCUGAAGAUGAUCAGAAAGGUGAUGCUAAAUUUGGCUCAAGAAUUUCGUCGGCUGCAUUUCUAAUGAUAAUGGAAGACGGAAUCCGAACAUUCAUGGAUUUUCUCGAGGAUGAUAAGGAGAAAACCUGCCAGAUUCUGAAGGCAUUCUUUAGGCGAAAUCGAAGGGGUUCAGUAGAUCCUGUUCUUCUCCAAUUAAUGAAGAAAGUUAAUAAAAAAAAAAAGAUGAAGCUUAAAGAUCUUCGCCGAGCUCGCACUUGCAUAAGGAAAAGAAAAUUAACGGUGGAGGAAGAGAUGGAGUUCUUGAUGGGACUAAUAGACUUAAAACUUGUCUCUAGAGUAUUGAGAAUGGCUGACAUGAGUGAAGAAAAAUUGCAUUGGUGUGAAGAAAAAAUGAGCAAAGUGAGAGUAUUGGAUGGGAAACUUCAAAGAGAUUCCUCACCACUUUUUUUCCCCGCACAUUGACCCACAUCAUAUUGUGUUGCUUGAUGACUAGAUCAUGAAGGUGCCAUGACUGCUCAAAAAUGAAUAUCCUAGGCGCCCUUCUGUAAAUACUGUAAAAUAAUGUGCAUGGAAGAGGGCCUACAAAUCAAAGUGACUACAUGUUCGAGACAUGGGUUUCGAAGAUUAGGAAUCCAAGAGAGAAGAGUAAAGAGAGAUGUCUGCAAGAAUAUGUGAACAACGAAAGUGAAAGACCAGAGACAAAGCAAGGGGUAUGAAGAUAGAGAGAAGGUUAGCUUUAGUUAGCUUUAGCUUUUUAAUUAGGGUUUAUCUACAACGGAUUUGAGUUGAAUCAAAAGAAGAAAAGAGAGAAGCUUUUACACAUGCAUGGAGAGGAGGAAUAAUAAAAGGAAGCACAUGGUACACUGAAAGAAUUGUGGCCUCAAUGCCACAAUAUUUGUGGGGUAGAAAAAUAAAGGAAAUAGGUUUAUUUAGAAAGCAAGAUCUUACAAUAUUAUGAAAAGCUAAUCUUGUAAUUGGGUUAUUAUUAGAUGAAUGUAUCCGACUCCGAAAAGAGCAUUGACUCAAAACAUUAUACACUCAAAGAUGUGAUGUGCAUUUCA